AUGUAUUGUCUACCACCAAUGUCAAACUUUAAUAAAUAUGGAGCUUCAAGAAAUUGAUCUAAAGAGACAUUAAAGUGGAUAUACUGUUAUAACAAGUGGGAUAUAUUAAUACAAGAUUAGAAAUCACCAUUUACUAAACACAUCAUGACUGGUCGCUUCACUCGUCAACCAGCAAGUGUGCUGGAAAUAAGAGGAAUUUCCAGAGGAAGUAUAUUGGAUCACCCUCGAGUAGAACCCGUUGAUGAACCAGUGAUGGGUCAUCCUGCCUCACAUGGACUUUAUUAUCUUAACCCAUCAAGUUCAAACAUAAUCAUGGAUUCUGAUGACGAUGAUUCCACCAUAACAGGCGGCUCGGACCGUGGUCACCCCUCUUCACCCCACAGCCCACACAGUGAAGCUACAAUCACAGCUUCAGACUCUACAAACUACUGGUCAGCCGACAACAGUUUCUCAACCGGAAAUACAACUGAGAGAAGUUCUGUCUACUCAUGGGGGGACGAUGAGUUUGAUUUGCAAGCGAGUCGGUUAGUGCGUCAGAUGUUUCAUGCGAUUGAACAGAUGCUUUUCGAAGGUGUAUUGUCAGGCAGUACAUCACUACAACAGGAAUGUAGAGAAUGGAUGUCUGCCUUUCCACAUCUAAGGAUACUUGGGAAACAAAUUGUUACACCUCAAGAUGAUGCGUUCCAAAUUAUACCAACCGACCAAAAUUCAAACUGUGACAAUUUGACCACUGGUUAUGGUUUAGAUUCGAACACAAAUGAAGAUUCAGAAAUACUUCAAGUGAAAGGCAUAGCAGCCAUCUCCCAACCCAUACCAUCCUAUUUAUUGGAGAAAGAUCCAUCUCACAAUGAAGUUGCACACAACAGUUUAUCGCAUCUUGUAGAAGAGGUUUAUGAACAAGAUGGGAAAGUAGAGGAAUACCUUGCUUAUGAUAUAAAAGAAAUGGACGAGGAAGAACACGCCAAGCGUUACCACGUGCCACACCGCAGGCGUCUCGGUUUCCCCCCAAUUACCCCUAAUGCUUGCGUACGAGACGCCGUGCUGCAUCAUAUAUUUGACCUCCUAUGGUCCAGGGUGGUCCCUUGUCUGGCUGGCUCUGGGAAAGAAAGAUCCAAAAUGUCCAUCCUAAAGGUACUUGUCCACAAUUACAUGGCAUCGCAAAGUGUGAAAAGCAACUCGGAUAAAUCCUCUGUUCGUGAAGGUUUUGGUGAAAAACAGACGACGCAUGGAAAUGAAAAUUCCAUCCAAGAAUCUUACUUUACUUUUGAACCAAGAAGAAAUGCCAGUGAUGGAGAAGACGACUUUUAUGAUCCGACUCUUCCCGGGAUCAUUGUUGAUCGUGUGGGUCAUCCAGGAUCUUCUCUCAUGAUGCAUCCCUCCCUCUCCAUCCCUCCUCGCCUCCUCUACCAGGACUCCAUGGCUCUUCCUCCCUCUAGAGGAAGUUACCUGGAUCAAGCAAGCGGGAACAAUGGGAGGCAUGUUCAGUUUACCCCAGCUAGGUUGUCUACUGCACCAAAUUCAAACCAUGGUAACUUAGAUUCACUCAAUGAUGUUAUGAAGAUAAGUCAGAAGAAGCUGCAAGUUCGAAGUGAUAAGGUGUCUAUAAACGAGGAUCUUGCUCCCGGCAUCCUCCCGGACUCUCGUUUCCCAGCCCGCCCCUCCUCCAGCCACUACAUCAAUGGGGUAGGCAGCAACAUCUUCUCACCUGUAAGCCACCAUUUAUCAGCUAUAGGUAGUGGGACGAGCCCCCUAUCCACCCCCAACCGACCCUACACCUCUCGGGAGCUCUUUGGUGGGGUAACAGGGGGAACCACCUCCACAAGACAGCCGAGUGCAACAGCUAGAAAGGGCAGAGUAAAUCGGCCGGCAAGGUUGCUGCCUCUUGACAGAGCGAAAACACCUAAUGUUGAAUUCAAUGGAAUUGUGAAAGCGACAAAGUUGACGCGACCUGGAAACCUCGAACCCACGUCCCAAUCCUUCAGUGGUUUCCGGGUGAACUCACCCCCAAGUAACUUUCAACCCCCACCGACCGCCCCGAACCCAAGUACUGGGGGGAAUUCCCACUGGGUAAACCCCCGCUUACCCCCGAUACAUAGUUUGGAGGCGCUACAGGAAAAUUCACUUGUGGAAUUUAAGAAACUGAGAGGAAAGUCUGCUCAUCACAGAAUAUCAAGCGCACUCGCUGAAGAAAAGCCUGUGCAUAAAAGUUUUGAUAUGUUUUCUCGACCAAACACUACACAUACAUUUAGGACGGACAAUUUAAUUCAGAAACGUGCGACGUCCAUUACCCCCUCAAAUCUUGCUUUUGGGGCCCAGGGAAACUCCCUUGGAAUUACGGGGCUCAAGACCUCGAGUCCAUCUGGGUUCGUGUCGGGGCCAGGAAACCCUCAUCUCCAACUCUCGUCCACAAGCCCCGAUAAUGGGUCUGGUCUCGCAGGGAUUACUGGUAUUGGUAUCAAUGUAUUCAGUGGAGGACAUUCUCCUGAUGAUAAGGAUGAUGAGACAUGGGGUCAGCCACUAAACCAGUCAAACGUGAGAAGAAAAAGGACAGUUAUGGGGUUUAUAUGAAUUUAAUCGAAGAUAGAGGAAUAUUUGCACCCCAAUGUGGUGUUAAACAGCUUUGUGCGAUUUUUUAUUAACUUUUGAAUUUUAGGAUAAUAAGGGACCAGAUAAACCGCAUUUUUAUUAAAAAAUUAACAUUUUUCCAGUUAACCGUUUUGUCAUAGGGUAAAAUGCGUAAUUUUUUAACUUGUAUAUAAGCUCUGGUUACACUUUUUUUCUCUGUGCAAUACAAAAUUACACUGUACAUACCAAUGCUAGCAUUAGCCGUUGCUAAUAUAACAGAACAAAAACAAAAAGCAACUGACUAUAGCUAUAUAGAUAUAUUGUGGUUAUUUUGAAGCCACUAUGUAGCAAUCAAGUGACAUAAAUUUGUAAAUUUUUUAUUUUUUUAACCUGUUUAUUUGCACAAGCUACGUCAUUGUACUUUUUAAAGUCCUAUUUGUGGUCUGUUAAUAAAUGACUAUAGUUCUC